AUGUUUUUUCUUGUUAUCCAACAGUUUGACGGCGAAGACCUCGAGUGUCUGUUCAAAGAAGUGGCCGAAAAUAGGCACAUAAAGUUCCAGUCGUUUUACAACCCGGACUGGUAUAUCGGGUUUAAUAAAAAAGGUAAACCACUGGUCGGUCAGAUACCGUUGGUCGGCGCCGGACCUAAGCUGAACCCAAAGCGCAAGAAGUGCUACCAUUUUGUGAAGAAAGCGCCGAAACAACAGCCGAAACAAAAACGGGAAUCCGAUGACAGCCACGAAGUACUAUAUAAGUACAACCCGGACAUCAGGCCCCUGACCACCGGCGGCAGCAAUACUUUCCGACAUAAACUAAACGGCAAACGGGAGUUG